AUGGAGGGGAGGAGAUCGAUCGUCAUCGGUCCAGGUCCGGUUCUCAUACUCGAGAUCGUAGGCGUCGGUCCCGCAGUUUACGCCGGAGAUCUCGUUCGCGGUCACCGCAUAGAAUCAAAUCCAGGCGUUCCAGAAAUAUCGACCGUUCCUGCUCCAGAACUUGACGAAGAAACUCUGCUGAAGCAGACGCUGGGUUUCACGUCGUUCGACUCUACGAAGGGAAAGAAGGUUCCAUCAAACGUCAGGGGCUUAUCCAGUGUUCAUAAAAAGCGGAAAUACAGACAAUACAUGAACCGUCGCGGUGGUUUCAAUCGACCUUUAGAUCCGAUUGCUUGA